CCUGUGUUCAGAAUUGUUUCUAUUUUUUUGGGUAUACAUUGUGUGUUUUCCUCUUACUUGAGUGAUACCUGUGUAUGAUAGAGGCAGAUGGUGGACAACACAACGUUGAAAUGUUGCCGUUCAAACUAAGUUGUCAGCUUCAGGACCACCAAGCCGAUGUUCGUGCUGUGUGCAACUUGCCUGGUGCAAAUGGACAGCCCGACAAAAUUGUAACAACUUCUCGAGAUUGCUCUGCUAAGCUAUGGCGUCUGGACGACAACUCAUCCAGUAAAUACUGCCUGGAAAGGACGUUUAGAGGGCACAGUAAAUAUGUCACUGCUGUAUGUGCACUUCCUGCGUCGGACGACCACCCCAAUGGUCUUAUUGCAACUGGAUGCAAUGACAGCCAGAUCAGAAUUUAUGACCCAGACCAAGAUGACCCUGUCAAUGUACUGAAGGGCCACACUGGCAAUGUCUGCUCUCUGGUGUGUGGGAAGUUUGGCACGCUAAUGUCAGGUUCAUGGGACUGUACUGCUCGGGUGUGGUCGUCAUUUCAGAGUGUGAUGGAGCUAAAAGGUCACACAGCAGCGAUUUGGUCCGUUGCGAUCAUGCCUGGGUCUGGAAAGCACCUGACUGCCUCGGCUGACUCAACCAUCAAGAUCUGGUACAUUGGCAAGUGUGAGCGCACACUGUCUCAACACACUGAUUGUGUACGCUCUCUAGCCGUCCUCAAUGGAAAUGAAUUCCUCUCAGCCAGCAAUGAUGGGACUUGCCGUCGGUGGUUAAUGUCGGGUGACUGUGCGCAGACCUAUCACUCGCACACUGCAUUCGUAUACAGCUUGGCUAGGCUGCCUGAAGGAUUUGUAUCCUCAGGUGAAGACAGAACGGCGCGUGUCUGGCAAGAUGCUGAUGUUGCACAGACGAUACCUUUCCCUACCCAGUCGGUGUGGAGUGUAGCAAGUCUAAGCAAUGGUGAUAUUGUGGCUGGGUCCAGUGACGGCAUUGCACGUGUCUUUACACAGGCUAUCGAACGUAUGGCCAAUGCUGAUGAAUUGCAGGCAUUCGAUGACCAAAUACAAGCUAUGGAAGUUGCAUCAAAAAGCAAUCAAUCAUCAAUUGGCGAUCUUCAGCUGAAGGAUGUUCAAGGCAUGGAAUGCCUUGGAAUCCCAGGUCGUACGCCCGGUGAGUCACGCUUGGUACGCGAACCAGAUGGUGUGUACGCAUAUCAGUGGGAUGCAGCUAAGCACGAGUGGAUGAAGGUCGGGUCAGUUGAGAAUGCAGUGGACACCAAGACACGUGGCCAGUCUCUGGACGGCAAGGAAUACGACUACGUCUUCUCGAUUGAUGUUGAGGAUGGAAAGCCGGCACUAAAACUAGGUUAUAAUCGUGGAGAGGACCCAUGGCUUGUAGCACAGAAGUUUCUGGACAGUAAUUUCUUGCCCGCAGCGUAUCUGGAACAGGUAGCAAACUUUAUCACAACCAAUUCUGGAGGGCAGCCAGGUGGACAGCCGGCUGCUGCAUCUGGUCAACAGUAUGCUGAUCCUUUCACAGGUGCUGGACGUUACGUCCCUGGUUCAGGCGCAGGUGGUCCUACGUCGGUCGCACCAGGAGCAGACCCCUUCACCGGUGCUGGUCGUUACGUUCCAGGAUCGGCAGGCAAUGCUGGAGGUGCAGGCGGCUCGUUUGGCAGUGGUGGUGCUGCAGACCCGUUCACAGGUACUGGUCGCUAUGUGCCUGGAUCUGGAGCUGCUCCACAGGCACCCACAGCAAGCACUAGUACGCCGCACCAAUCCACAGCUGCUGCUGCUUCGUCAAUGGGUUCAAUGAUGGUGACAUCGAAUGAGUACUUCCCAAAGACUACUCCCGUUUUUUUCGAAACAGCCAAUGCAGCCGGUCUCCUCAAGAAGCUAACUGAGUUCAAUAGCCUUGUUCCUGAGGAUGUUCGUUUCUCAGAUGAGAAGAUGGCUAUCUUAUCCGCCCUCAUUACAAAGCUAGCAUCUGGUGGCUGUGCUUCGCUAUCGCCCGAGGAAUUAUCUUGCUUGCAGCAACUGCGUCAAUGGCCGAAGGCUCAACAACUACCAGGAUUGGAUGCACUGCGUCUGGCAGUACGGCACUGUUCACAGCAACUCUGCAGUGCCAGUUCUGGUGCUGAACUCAUCGACUAUCUUAUUGAUAUGUGCAGUGACGUGAAGAGCACGAAUUGUCUGCUAGCAAUGCGUACCAUGUGCAAUAUGGCAGCUAGUGUUGGAGGUACAGAGACACUGCAUGCCAGCAUCGAGGUGGUGAUCGCUCUAGCUCAGAAGGUUGCAUUGGAAUGUGGCGGUGGGCACCAAAUUGCCGCUUGCACAGUGUUCCUCAAUAUUGCCAUUCUGGUUCGUCAUCUCGAUGACAUGGAGCAGACCUCAUCACUGGUGGACUCCAUAUGUCCUGUAUUAAUUCACAGACCUCUCGAUGACGGUGGAGCCUUCCGACUUUUGGUGGCUCUAGGAACCUUGGUAUGCGGCAUCGAGGAAGCUCAAGCUAUAGCUGCAUCACUCGAUGUCACCAGGAUCGUGUCUUCAUACGCCAAGUCGGAAACAGCAAAGGUGAAAGACUGCGCCGGUUUUCUUAUCGCAAUUCUACCCCAAGUAUAACCCACUCUUUUUCACUCACUUCUGCGUGUUGUAGGCAAAUGAUGUGUUAACGCGUUGAAGCAUGAUUGUUGUAAAGUUACCUUACUUGUACCUGUCAUCACUCUCCUGGUUUCUUCUUCUAUUCUAUUUUCUAGCUCUCUAUCGCUUAUGCUGGCAUUACCUGCCUAAUACCUAUCCUCUUGCUGCUGCUGCUGCUGCUGCUGCUGCUGCUGCUGCUGCUGCUGCUGUACACAUCAUGCUAUGCUGUGCUUCACAAUGCAACCACUGUGCACGUCCUCCUCACCUGCUCACAUCAUUCCUUGGUUCCUUUCUCUGACUUUGAGUGCUGCCAUUGCGCCAUUGUUUUUGUUUGCUUUCCUGUACAUAAUCCGCUAUCCUGUCGUUAUCUUGGUGGACAUUGAUGGUAUCUGCUUACAGAUCAUCAGGUGCAUAGUAUGCAGGGUUAUCUUUAUGAACAAGACCAAGAUAGUAUCUUGGUCUUGUUCAUAAAGAUCCAUCCUGUGUGUGAAUAACAGCAAUGCAUGUGCUGACAUCUCUCUUGCCUUCCUUGUUACAAUUCACAUGUGUGAUUAACAAUUAUUUUGUGUUGUACUGA